AUGCCGGCCGUCGAAGCGUCAACCGUCCCUUUAGCCGAAUCCGGCCUCGUCGUCAGAAUGGAAGAUCGGAAAAGACCUGCUGCUUACGAUCCAAAUGAAUCUACCCCUCCCUUGAAGAAACAGGCUACCUCGUUGAAUGGUGGUGCCAAGCCUCACCCAGACUCCGAUAUGCCCUGGAAAGAUGACCUGGAACGCUUUCAAAAAGAUGCCAUUUUGCGCCAGAUGCAAGAAUACAAACGCGAGAAGAGUUCGUUAGAAACGAGAUUAAAGGAAUUGACGAAAGCAACUGAAUAUCACAACGAUCAUCUUCGAAUAAUUGAUGCGUGGUUUAAACAGUUAAUUGAUGAGGUCAAAAUUAUACUCAAUUCGCCAGCUGACGAAAAUCAAGAUAAACAAUCUUUCCCUAGUGCAUUAUUUUUCGCAGACCAUGAAAACUUCGAAAAACAUUUACAAGCACGCUCCAAUGAUAUUAAAGCGACUAUUUCUAAGCUAUUUUCUCGCUCCGAAAAUGUUUCUGCUGAAGUCAUCGAUCUUCAAGGUCGGCUCGCCAAGAAGCUUGCAGAGGAAAAGGUCACAAUUGCGGAAUUAGAAAAGAGCCUUAUAGAUAAGCAACAGCUCGAAGAACGACUAGAUGCUGCGUCAUUAAGGUAUAUGGUUGCUGAAAAGAAAAUUGACCGGGCUAGAAGUAUGACUGUAGCGCGCUUGGAAAAACAAUAUAUCCUUGGAGCGCAAAGACCUAGCGGAGACAAUUCGGCGUAUAAGCGAGAAGAUAUCUCUUCUUCCAAUGGAGUUGGAGACCCGUCUGACAGAAUCACCGAACUGGAAGGGGCCCGCAAUAGAGCUGUUGCCAUAUCGGAUAAACAAAAGGAACAGCUAGAGAAAUUGGAAGCGGAGAAUUCCAAGAUGUUAACCCAAAUCACAGAGUUAAAUAUAAAAUUCUCGAAGCUAUCCGAUGAAGACUAUGCCCAUACGGACCUGUUCAAACAAUUAAAGUCACAGCAUGAGGACGUCAUCAAACGAAUAAACCAUCUCGAGGCAACCAAUGUGCAACUUCGUGAGGAAGCGGAGAAGCUGCAGGCGGAAAGGAAUGCAUAUCGAAUCCAAAUCGAAAAUGAGUCUCAAGCUGCGGUCGGAGAGAAAGAGGCCCAGCUCGCCAAAACAGAGUCAGAUCUAGCUCGGAUUCGAAAUGCUCGUGAUGAACUUCUUGCAGACCAACAGAUGAGAAAGGCUGCCCAGGAACAGGAGAGAACCUCUAUCUGCCAAACAAGGGAAUUACUCGAUGCAAAAGAAUCUCGAAUCAGCGCAUUGGAGUCUGAAAUACAACGUUUACAACUCCAGCUGGACGGAGUCAAGGAUGGCAGUCCUCGAAUCGAAGAUAUACCUUUGGAAGAACUAAGGGCCAAGUAUCAAACGCUAGAAAAGCAAUACGAAUUGUUAAACACCGAGCUAGCUUCUAUGCAAACUGCAUUUAGGAAAACAUCCAAAUUAGCUUCGCAAAAGAUCGCAGACCUCAAUAUCCUUGAAGAGAGGGUUCAGCGUUUGACAGCGGAGAAAUCAAAGGCGGAUCAAAAGUACUUUGCGGCAAUGAAGAGCAAAGAGGCCCGGGAUGCUGAACUUCGAUCCUUGCGAAUCCAAAAUAUGAAAAGCUCGGAUAUAGUCUCGCAGCUCAAAGACGCAGAAACGAUAACUCGCUCCUUGGUGUCCAACGUGGAGAAACAACUCGCCGAAACCAAAGAAACUCUCACAAACACUUUAUCGCAAUACCAUGGAGCUCGUCAACAACUCGCGGAAGCAGAUAUCGUCAUCCAAGGAUUAAAUUCACAAGUAACGGAGCUCAAGAAACAGAUCGUCGCCAAAGACUCUUCCCUCUCAUUGGCGACGAAUGCAUCCCGUAAAGCUGAGGCGGAAGUCGAGGGACUUAAAGCUACAUUAGCGGACACUAAGAAGAACCUGGAAUCGUGGAGGAAUAAAGGACUGGGCAAUUCUUCAACCGAAUAUGAAAUGUUGAGAUCACUUGCGUUAUGUACUGUCUGCCGAAGAAAUUUUAAAAACACCGUUAUCAAGACCUGCGGACAUGUCUUCUGCAAGGAAUGUGUGGAAGAGCGGCUGACAUCCCGGUCGAGGAAAUGCCCCAAUUGCAAUAAAUCAUUUGGAAGCAAUGACCACAUGCAUAUCACCCUUUAA